AUGUUCCCCACUUUCCAGGUGAAAAUUUUUGGAAUGGACCCUCUGGCGGACUACAUGCUCCUAAUGGACUUCGUCCCGGUGGACGACAAACGCUAUCGAUACGCGUUUCACAGCUCCUCUUGGCUGGUGGCUGGCAAAGCCGAUCCUGCUACACCCGGGAGGGUGCACUACCACCCGGAUUCUCCAGCAAGGGGGGCUCAGUGGAUGAAGCAGAUUGUCUCCUUCGAUAAAUUGAAGCUGACGAACAAUUUAUUGGAUGACAAUGGGCAUAUCAUUUUGAACUCCAUGCACAGAUACCAGCCACGUUUCCACGUGGUCUACGUGGACCCGCGAAAAGACAGUGAGAAGUAUGCCGAGGAGAACUUUAAGACCUUUGUCUUCGAGGAGACUCGAUUUACCGCCGUCACGGCCUAUCAAAACCAUCGGGUCUACGGCAUCAAAGAUUCCUUCAAAAUCUUCACGGUCAUUUCUCCUCCAGAGAAGAUGAUCACCAGCUAUACAGUGGAGAGUCGGCGGGAGUAUGAGCGGGAAUCAGCUAGUGGGACACCACUCCACGCAGAUCCAACUCAUCAGCAGCUCAUGUCUCGGGUGUUAAGUCCGGCGCUCCCGGUUCCUGGUGGAGGGGGCUUGGUUCCACUCACUAGUCCAGCUGGAAGCCGGCCUAGUCCCCCGCACCACGAGCUGCGGCUGGAGCCAUCUGCUUCCGAGCCUCUCCAUCACCAUCCUUACAAACAUCCGGUCUCGGCCUACGACCAUUAUCUGGGAGCCAAGAGCCGAUCAGCCCCCUAUCCCUUGCCCAGUAUCCGGGGACACAGUUACCACCACCAUCAUCACCACCACAUGAAUCCAGCAGCGGCGGCCGCAGCGGCGGCGGCCGCAGCUGCGGCCAACAUGUAUUCUUCAGCCGGAGCUCCCACCAGCUAUGACUAUGGACCGAGAUAACCUCUUGGAUGCAAGGUCCUUGAGCUCUGACUGACUCUUUGCAUGGUGUGAAUUGCUCGGUAGCAUACCUUUGGGAAGAGUUCCCCGUUUCUGUGAUGGGGGUGGGGGGAUCGCCGUCAUCCCUGGUGCACACAUUUUCUCCUCUGCACCGUCUUCUCCCUUCCAUCACCUUCUGCUGUUGGAUGCAUCGUUCAAGACUCCUGUUGUCUUUCCCAUCCAGGGGACGAAAUGCUUGGCCCGUGUUAGGGGCAUAUAUGGCGAAGUGGCAGGAGUCUGGGGCUCUCCCGGACCUGCUUGGCAUCUCCUGCCGCUGCGCUAGAAGGGCACCUUUCUCCUCUCCUCAGCCUUUCCCUGGACCCAGGGACGAGCAGCUGCACUUCCCCUUCUCCCUUGCUCGAUCAACGAAGCAUCAUGGUGUUAUUCCCUGCCUGGUUUAGCACCGACGCACUGCUAUACCUGCUCGGUCUGCUGGACUGACGCCACUGGCAGUGCUGCUGCAAAUUAGGCCAAACGUUGCAAUGGGGAAGGCUGCAGACUCAGAAAGAAGGCAGAAACUCUGAUUUCUUUGUGUUUCAAACCAGACCAAGAAAGUCUGCAGUGGUGGAAGUCCACCAUUUGCAAGAACUAGGCAGCAGGAUCUUGAAAGCCCUACCUGUAAAGCUCUCGAGUUUAAUCCUUACCCUCCCAAAGCAGGAUUGCUCUCUUUCUUUCUCCUCAAAAGGAGCAAUCUCUGCUGUUGACGCUAGUUCUCACGAUUCCUAGGCUGCAAAACCAGGAAGAGGCUUCACUGGGACAUCUAGCAUAGAAAUCGGGGAGCCUUCACUCGGCUGUCCUCUGUUUCUCUGCUUUGUUUGUCCAGCGAGAAGCCCAAUGGGCUGGUGAUGCCUAUAGGAAUCGCUUUCUCCCUGCAUCAGAUUCCCCUUGUUGCUAGACAAGGAAAAAGCAGUGCUUCUAGCAGGAGUAGAGUUUGGUUUCCAGAGUCUUCCACAGAGCAAAAGAUUAGUAUGUUCCCCAUCGCCUAGUUACCGUUCUUCCUAGUGGGGACCAAUUCACCUACCAGGACGUGUUUUACAGGGAGGAGGUUGAUGAUCCGAUCUCAGCUAUCUCUGUUGGAAAGAACGUGGGAGCAGGUGAUUGGGAAAGCAGCCUACUUCUGACCCUGGAGAGCUUUGCCAGUCAGAGUAGACCAAUCUGGCCUACAAAUAUUCUGGCCUGGAAGAAGGCAGCUUCCUGCAAAUCUCCCCAACAUUACCAAGACCAUUGGCAGCCGGGGCAAUUUCUUAGUGCUUCAACACUGGCACUGGCUGCUGAGUGAUGGGCACAGCUGACGAUUGUCAGAGUCUGCAUUCUCUCCUGACCUGCACACAGUUGUCAUCCACAAGCAUGUGCUUAGCAUAUGCAAGCACAUGACUGGUAUGGGCAGGGUGGGCCUGGACAUGCCGACAGUGGCAUCUCUUUGUCACCUGCCACACAGUCCCAAGGCUCUGUUUUGGGCUGGUCCCACGCCAACAGUGUCCCUUAGCUCUGGAACUCCCAUUCUAACUAACCAGGCACAGAGGCAGCCCAGCCAACCCCACCAGGUUGGCUGACUUCCAUGAACACUCACCAUCCCAGCUGCGUAUGAGGUCCGGUGAAUGCAAGUGAAAACAUUUCCCAAAAGGGGACCUCUGAAAGAACGUCCCCCAGAAGCAGCAGAGAAGGUGCUACUUCGGGAGAUCCUUUUAGAACGGCAAGAGUCGUAUUUAUUUAUUUAUUUUUUGCGUAGGCUAGGGCGUGCUUUAGCAUCCUUAAGCAUCCCCCAAGGUGGAAUAAAACUGAAUCCGAUGUCUCUCUGGAUUGGCUGUUCCCUGGAACUGAGAUCUUCCGUUCAAAGUAUGCAUUGAAUUGAAUUGCCCUCUUGGGGUGGGGGGAGGGAGAGGUAUUAUACUCCAAACUGCUCAUCCCCCCUCUGUUUAGUUUCAUGCAGCCUUUUAUCUUGGUGCAAAACUGCAUUUCAAGAAAUCAGCUUGGACUUCCAGUAAGAGCUAUGUCUUCUCUGCUGCCUACAGCUUAGGGGGGAGGUGGUAGGAGGAAAAAAGUGAAAGAGAGGAAAACAGAGUAUCAGAGACGCCGGGAAUCCCCCUCUAUUUGUGGCUGUGACCCCUCCUCAUUUUGCAUCAAUCCUGGUUGCCCUGUAACCCCCCGUAGGUGACUACUACAGAAAGAGAGCCCUAGAUUUCUGUCUAGUAAGGUCCCGAGACUGCUCCUGGCCACUUGUAGCCUUCAAAAAUGGUUCAACUACUGUAUAUCAAUCAGAGGAUUAAAUUUCCAUACUACGUUUUUCAAGAACGCCCAUAAUGCUGAUUGGGACAGAGAUGGUGUAAAUAAAUUACAGACUCGUAACAUUAAAAGCAACCUCAAGGGCACAUCUGGUUCACCUGCAACAGGGUCCCUGAUAGGUUGGCCCUCUAAUCUUUUUUUUUUAAUUUGUUCAUUUGGGUUCAUGUUUUAUCCUCCAAAUUAAGAUUGUUCCAUUACAUACGCAACCACUUUAAAAUCAAUGUUAGAAAGCAGCUUGUGCGAGACAUCCCUUGUCCCAAUUCUUGAAAUCUUUAAUUUGGGAGUUAAAAUAGACUUUCCACUUUAAAAGACAGAAUCAUUUAACGCUGACUCCUGUGUUGUUUAAAAGUGUUUGGAAUAGCAGUUUCAUCCAUCAUUCAGAUCAUGCAUGUCCCAAGCAUUUUUCUGAAUGGUAGAAUUUGUCACAUUCACACAUUACGGGUUUGGGUUAUACUUUAAAUAUACCUGCAUGUGAUGGCUGUUGGCCUUGAUAAUUUAAAACCAAAUCACAGCAUACAGAAGAUCGGUUGCUAUCUCUUUGCUAUAACAGCAAGAUGGCAUUUCUAUUCUUGGAGAUCAUAUAUCCCAUAAUUGCAAUACUUUUGCUGUUCAAGAUCAGCUUAAACAUCUGGCUCGCCAAUGCUGGAAACUGGAAACUAAGAUUAGAUAGACCGAGACUUGGGUCUGAUUCAGCAAAUCUCUUUUUACGUUUUUUCCUUGUUUCUUGGCUAAGCCAUAAAUGAAUUCCAAAGCUGCUUGGUCUGAAUAUGAGGUUUGUUGCAUUCAUUCUGACUCAUUUUGACCUAGAGAUUGAAGUUCUCUCCCUGCUGCACGAUUGAUUGAUUGAUUGAUUGAUUG